UCCCGGAAUGCUCGGCGCGCUGCAGUCGCCAUCUUAUGUGUUUCCUAGAGCCUGAGGCUGCGAGCUGGUGCGUGCGGCGGGGCGGGAGCUGCUGCAGCCGGCUGGAGGAUGCCUGGCGGAUAAAUGUGGCCCAAACCCAGCAUCGCUCUGCUGUUGUUGCUGAUCGCGGUGGUGGCGAAGCCAGAGCGGCCAGGUCCACGCCUUGCUCUGGCAAGACUUCUGUCAGAGCUGCGCUGUACCACUGGAGAAUUUGCUUGUAAGACUGGAACUAUUCAGUGUAUUCCUCAGAGCUGGUACUGUGAUGGCUGGCAGACCUGUGAAGAUGGCAGUGAUGAACUUGACUGUCCAGGAGUAAUUGCUGAUCACCGAACACACCACGUAAAGGAAACCACUGACCUGAAACAGGUGCGUGGGAGAACUGCCGAGGACACCCGCUUUUAUCCUAUCAAUGUGGCCCAGCCUUUCCAGUUCACCCGUAAGUGUCCAACAGGCUGGCAUCAUUAUGAGGGCACAGCAAGCUGUUACCGAGUGUAUUCGAACAGCGAGGAUUAUUGGGAUGCUGUCCAGACAUGUCAACGAGUGAAUGGAUCAUUAGCCACAUUCACUACUGAUCAAGAGCUGCGGUUUAUACUAGCUGAAGAAUGGGACCUAGAGGAACGGCCCUUAAGUCGCAAGGACCAGCGGAGGUUCUGGGUUGGCUAUCAGUACACGAUAACAAACCGAAGCCACACCUCACUAGAGGGGCAGUGGGAAGUGGCGUAUAAGAGCAGUUCCACAGAGGUGUUCCUUCCCCCAGAACAGGUGCCAACGUUUGGAAUGACCAUCUCUGAGCAGGAGAAUGUGCUGUGUGCUCAACUGCAAUGUUCCCACUUCCCCAGCUUGCGGCACCAUGGAUUACAUAGCUGGUAUGCAGAGAACUGCAAUGAGAAGUCGGCCUUCCUCUGCAAAAGAAGUCAAACCUGUGUUGAUAUCAAAGAUAACGUGGUAGAUGAGGGCAAGAACUUCACUCCAAAGGGUAAUGAUCCAUGUUUGAGCUGUACCUGUCACAAUGGCGAACCUGAGAUGUGCGUUGCUGCUCUGUGUGAGCGGCCACAGGGCUGUCAGCACUAUGAAAAGGACCCAAAGGAGUGCUGUAAAUUCACCUGCCUUGACCCAGAUGGCAGUGGUAUUUUUGACUCCAUGGCAAGUGGAAUGCGUCUGAUCGUAAGCUGUAUCUCCUCUUUCCUCAUCCUGUCACUGCUCCUCUUCAUGGUCCACCGAUUACGGCAACGACGGAGAGAGCGUAUUGAAUCUCUUAUUGGAGGCAACUUGCAUCAUUUUAAUCUCGCCCGAAGCAGAAUGCCAGGCUUUGAUUACGGUCCAGAUAGCCUUGGAUCAGGCCUAACUCCACUACAUCUGUCUGAUGAUGGUGAGGGUGGAGCAUUCCACUUCCACGAUCCCCCACCUCCCUAUACAGCUUAUAAAUAUCCAGACAUUCAGCAUCCUGAUGACCCCCCGCCACCGUAUGAGGCAUCUAUCAAUCCUAACAGCAUGCUUUGUGUCAGUCCAGAUGGUGGUCAUGGCCAGGUGGUGGAGCAGACCGGCCAGCUUCACAUGGCCGAGGGUGUCAUUGGAGAGCCGACAGAUACGGGCAGCUUUGCUCUGGGUGCAGUCACUGAGGAACUGGAGGUGUCAGCUGGUAGCGGUAACCUGCUGGUACCACAGCCUGUCCAUCCAGAGAGCACGGCACUGGGUCGCAAUGGUCAAUCUUCAGUAAACACCGUUGUAUAAGUAGGAGGGGAGGGGCAUUAAUCAUUGUUUUAUGAAAUUUGGGCAAACGUUUGCACAAUGCUAUAUCGACAAUACCAGUCAGAUGACUUAAAUAGACUUUGGUUCUGGUAUCCAGCAGAUUUCCCUGUGUUGAUGAAUGAGUUGAUCAUUUGUGUAUAUAUUGAUGAUGGAAUGCAGCACGUUUCCCAGUUCAUGGGUAUCGUAGGACUUUAGAACCCUAAAUGGCAGCUGUUUUUUUUUGUUUUUCUUAAAAUAGAUUUUGCAUACAAAUACAGGGCUUAGAAUCGAAGCUGGAAGAGAUUUGAGGGAAUAGGUGGUUCUUUGUGCACCACCAACCUCUGGUUCAGCCGGGGCUCUUGGACUGGGAGUGAACCAGGCCCAAUCUUUGGAGAGUGCCAAGUGAUACCUCCAGGCAAACAGCAGUGUAACUGAAGCCAGUCGGUGCUGUCACUAGGAGCAGACUGUGCAACAGCAGAGUGAGAGGUAGGUGAAUGUAUUCAUCAUUGGGAGUGGAGUGGAGGCCCAGGGAGGUGGGGAGGUCCUGGGGGCAAGGUAGAGGCCUUGGAUGGAGUGUAAAGCUUUGCCCCGGGCACUUUAGUGGGGGAUGGUUUAUUCAGGAGUUGGGGGUGAUAGUGGUAUAUUUGGGGAGGGGGUGCAGGGUCUGCAAGCUCUCAUGCUGGGAGCUGUUGGUUUACACAUUGUUUCACCACAGGCGGGUUUAUGGUCUUUGUCAGGGGUUCUUCUGCAGCAGGAGGGUGGGGAGAGGUUUCCACCAUCAUUGGCUUUCACAGUAGGCACAAUGUACAAGCCCAUCUCUCAUUGCAGGUUCCCAUACAGAAGGAUGGGGUUAAGUGUCUGAGUCAGAUGUAGUGUACCACAGUGGGAGGUCUUGGCUCAGUUGUCCAGUACUGUAUCAGUACUAAUGGUCUGGAGCUGAGGGUGGAGGAGGGCUCAUGCAGGAGCUAGUCCUAUGUAUUACAUGCUGUUACAUCCCUUAGUUCUUUCUUGGCUCCCUGUCCUGGAGAUCUUGACUGAUGAUAUUAAUCAUUGUUAUAGAUGCAGUCAAUAAUGAAAUGGUGAACAAUGUGGGUGUGGUCUAAUGAUUGCCAACACUGAUGUGAUUGAAAUCAAUCAGUGCUGUUAGUGCUCUCUAUUAAAGUGGUGGGUGAUAAUCAUGUUGAUGUGACCUGAUGAUACUUACCAAUGGGUUUGAUGUUGGUUGAUGUAACCACUGGGCUUCUGUUGACCCGGUUGUAGUAGGCAUUUGGUUGCAGGAAAUUGUCUAUUCAGAUAGGGAUUUUUGGGAAUUCUACACUGUCUCUGUAUUGAUUGCUCACAGUCUCUCCCCUCAUUCCUCAAUUGUCUCAAAUAAGCACAAAAGUGUGCACACGCGCUCAUAACCUAAACACCGCAGUUAACAGACAUUUGUAGUUUGUGAUUUGAACUUUCUGUGGCAGUGGAAAGAUUUUGAUACUCAGUGAAUACAAGUAGAGAUUAAAUUUGAUACCAUUAUUAGGUCAUGUGAUUGUUCCGGAGUUUCCAUUUUUCACUUGUUCUUUUACUGCAUCAUGUAGGGACUGAUUCAAUGUCUUGUACUUCUGUUAACAAAAUGAAAUGCCAAAUAAAUUCUGAAGUGGAGAUAA